UGAAUACCGCGCGGCGGUACGUCAGAUAUCCCGGACGGCCCGUGCCGAACGUGCCCGGAGCACGAGGAGUCCCGCGCCGCCGCGGCCCGCGCUGCCACGCCGCGCCGUGCCCCCGCAGCACGGUGUGCAGGUGGGGGACUCGGGGCGACAAGGAGCGCGUCGGGGCCUUCAAGUAGCGGCACGUUGCAGGGGACGGGCUCAGUUCAGAGACAGCUCUCAUCGACGUCAAGCAACCUAGCCAUGAAGAAGUCACUCACGGCAGCCGCCCUGGCCCUUUUCGUCCUGGUGUCGCUGGCACAACAGGACGCGGCCGUGGCCAAGGACCCCUGCAGCAAGGACUGGCUCCGGUACAUGGUGGUGCAGCAAUGUGGAGGCAUGGACAAGCGGCACCUGGACCGUAGGAAGCCAUUAGCGCCGACCUCGCUCCAGGAGAUCCUGAAGGAGGUGGACCUGGAGUACGAGCGGUGGCGCCUAGGCACCGAAGGACAGUUCGAUGACGGCGAAAAGAACGGCGAGGACGUCCUACUGCCUGCCAUCUCAGAGAACCGAGUUAGUCUGAACGACACGAGCGACAAACUAGAGGGCGCAAGGCCGACCGAGGUUGCGCUGACCUCUAAGAGUUUCUUCAGGAGGCUGUUCGAGCAUCCAGGCGACGUCCUGGCUGAGGCGAUGGGGCUUGUCUCCAGGGAGCCCAGCAACAGGAAGCUGCUGAGGAGGAGAGCAAUGAUGAACGGCAUCAGCAAGUGCUGCUCCGAAGACUGCGACCCCGAGGACUUCGAGGGGGCUUGUUACUGACAAACGACUGUUUAGAUUAUGCUUAAAUUAUUCUUAGAAUUAUAGACAUAUUUUUUUUUACACAGAAAAUAGUUGAUAUUACGAGAGGGGCCAUUUUUAUUAAAAGGUACACCGCGUACCCGAUUUUUAA